AUGACACGGGAAAUUAGCCAGAUCGAGCUCCUGGGCUCGCAUAUCUCGCGUCAAAUCCAAAGGUACGCGGACAAGCUCCAGGCCGGCGAGACACCAACGGAGGAGAUGGCGACGAUAUCGUCCGCCUGCAGAGAGCUUGAUGCACUUGUGACUACACCAGAGUUGUGGACGAACCGCGUCGCAAUGGGCUACAAUGGCAGUAUUGCCAUCUGCCUGCUCUUCGACUUGAAUAUAUUCCAGUCCCUGUCCGAGAGCGACAUACCCACGAGCUUGGACGAUUUAGUCAAACGGUCCGGGGCUUCAAGGUCCCUACUCAGAUGUGCGUUGCGGGAGGUCGUGGCGCAGUUCGUUCUUGAUGAGCCAUCCCCGGAGACAUACUGUCUGAACAGUAGGUCCGAUGUUGGUCUCAUGACGGGGGCGUACAUGAGUCGAUACGUAGGCGAGAAUGCCGGGCAGAUCCCGAGCCAUAGGCACCGAACUGCGUUUCAGAUGGCGUACCGGACGGACCAAUCUUUCUACGCUUUCCUCCGGUCAUCGGACCAAAAACUGGGGGAGAGGUUCGACCGGGCAAUGCAAUGGCACUCCCGAUCGGCCGCCACGACCGUCGAAAGCAUCUUCGAUUUUAAUCAGCUGAAGGCUGAUGCUGUCGUAGUCGACGUCGGUGGUGGCAAGGGACACCAUUCGAUACGGAUUGCGAAGCAGCAUCCGCGUAUGUCAUUCAUUGUCCAGGACUAUGGCGCCGAACCUCCCGCCGAUAGCAGCGAUAUUGAUGAGACAAUCCUCAAGCGAGUUGAAUGGCAAGACCAUGACUUUCACACCGAGCAGCCAGUGAAAGGAGCAGACCUCUACCUGGCGAGUUGCAUCCUGAUGGACCAUACUUCAGAGGACUGUUGCACCAUCCUAGGACAUCUCGCCGACGCAAUGACCCCGCACAGGUCCAUCCUCUUGGUCGACGAUGCCAUUGAUGUGGGUAGCCAGGGUGGCUUGUCGAUGGCCAAUGGGAUGAAUAUGCACCUGCUGGCGUGUUUUGGGACAUUGUCGCGGACAAUGGGGGAAUGGCAUACAUUGAUUGAGCGUGUUCCGGGGAGUUUGUCCAUAGUCAAUUCGUGGAUGUCGGAUCCGGGGCGGGUGACGUUUGCUCUGAAGAGAGUGGGCUAG